AUGUGGUGGGCGGCCUGCUACCGUGCCGUAGCCCCGCCAGUGACCCAAGAGAUUAUUAACUGUACGAAACAGUACAAGACACAAGAAACAACAGAUUGUUCCAAAAUGGGGAAGCGAAGCAACAGGCGGUCCGCGGCGCAAGACGAUACCAAUGUCGGCUGCGUCUGGGGCCUAAUGCGCAUGGUCUAUUUUCGCCGCGACCCCAGAUUCUUGAUGGACGCGAAGCAGGCCGGCGGGAGACAUAAGCUCCGGGAGAUCACAGACGGAAGGGACUUGGGGAAAAGGCCUAGGGAUUUUGAGGAAAUAGAAAAAGAUGAUAACAUAGAAAACGGCCCUUUGCAGCAACCAACCGUCAAAAAACUUAUGGAGGAUGAACUGGGGCGUGUGAAUCUUUUGAGGACAGUUCCAAACAACGAGGUUCAGAGAAGAUUAGCUGAUCUGGGAAAUGACCUAUCUCUUGAUAGAAAUUCAGAGCAUACAAAUAACACAACAGGAACUUUAAAUGACAGCACGGAUAUCUCCGUGUCUCGUUUAUCUGGAUCAGUGGAUUCUGAGGGUUCCAAGAGCUUGAACCACAGUGAAUAUGACCUCGAAUCUGUCUUGGCAAGCUUCUUAGGUGAGAUUUAUAGGUGCCACAAUGAAUGUCCACAUGAUGAUUGCAAGAGUAGCAGUGAAUUGUGUCCUUCACUGAAGUCCCUAAUCCAUAAGAAGCUUAAUGACUUAAGCAAUCUUCAAUCCAAUAUUGAUUGUGAACAACCUCAAGAGAGCAAGGGAGAAAAGCUACUGGGUGGUAAUGGCAUUUCUAGCAGCAGGACAGUUCAGUCCAAGGAAUUCAAGGAUGCACUGGAGAUACUGGGUUCAAACAAGGAACUUUUCCUGAAGGUGCUUCAGAAGCCUAAUUCACAUAUGUUGGACAAUAUCAGAAACCACCAAAACAGUAGAUUGACAACCAAGUUAGAGCCCAAUAAAAAUCUUGGAGAAACUAAUUUUGUUGAAGAGACAAGGGGCUCAAAUCAUGACUUGUCUGCACCGGCACAGGCUAAGGAGAGCAAACAUAUGUUCUUCUGGAGGAAAGACAAGUCAAAAAUAAAGCAGACGCUGCCAGAAGGAAUCAACGGAUCUCAGCCUGUUAGCAAAAUAGUUAUUCUGAGGCCAAAUCCACGAAAAGGAAUUGAUCAGACGGUGACAAGCAGUGCAAGAUAUUUACAUCAGGAACCUAGUACCUCUCAAACUCCAGAGUACAGUGGGAGGGAAAGUUCGAAAUUUUCAAUCAAAGAAGUUAGGAGGAGAUUCAGAAUUGUGACCGGUGAGACAAGAAGAGAAAGAAAUGCAGCACCUGCAGAUGACCUUCAAAGAGUCUCACGUUGGCAUUCCAUGAUUGCAACUAAGAAGGGUUCAGGGCAUCACACGCAAGGGAGCUUGGCAGACAAAUCUGCAUCAAGUUUUAAGAACGACAUCGCCAGACCUUCAACCAGCAGCAAGCAAAAGCAACAAAAUGGCAGCGAGACUGAAAUUAGUGGGCGUAUAGUAGCUCCACAAGAUGGUUCUAUCUUCUACAAGGAGGCUAAGAAGCAUUUAACGGAUAUGCUAAAGGAUAAUAAUGUGUCUGGCAACCAUCCAACAGCCCAGUCCUCAAAAUCCUUGGAAGGAAUGCUUUUGCUCCCUCACUGCGAUGUGUCUUCUCCUAGGAGUAGCCCUAGUGGAAAACGCCGCACUGAUCUCUCACCUGAAGAGACAGACUCUUGCCUUGUACCCAUGGUUGACAGUGAAGAAUCCACACAAGAGAGGAGUCAAUCAUGGGACGACUCUCGGAGCAGCACUGCACAUUGUACUAGUGUAGCAGUUGAUGAUCAGGUGGUUGCUCAGGACAAAUGUAGCAUGAAAGAAGAACCACAAGAAGGACAACGAGAUGUUACUGAUGUAGCAGACGCCAUAUCUAUUGAAGGAAUUGGCAAAAUAGACUGUUCUGAAAUCGUCUGCAUCCCAGAAGAACUAUGCAGAGAUAGCCUGCGGCCAGAUAUGUUAGAGGAAGCAGAGCAAGGAAAAGAACCUGUUCAAAUCUUGUUGAGCUAUCCUGAAAGCAUUGUUGAAUUGGAGCAGCAAGAACCAGGAACACCUGAACCAAGAGCAUCAACCAAAUUUAUCUCAGAUUGUUCCCCCGAGUUAAGCCAUGACAAACAAGAACAGCCCAGUCCUAUAUCUGUUCUUGAUUCAUUCUAUGAAGAUGUUGCAGAUCCUGAAUGCGAAAACAUUAAACAAUGUGAUCUGCAUGAAGAAUUGCGUGGAGCCCUGUACUUCCCAGAUAACGAAUCAGAUCUAAAGGUCUUUUGGGAGGACAAGAGCGUCCGGUUAGAUUAUAUAAAGUUGGUUUUGGAGCUCUCAGAAUUAUGUGCUGAACAGAAUUUAGAGGUAUGGUAUCUGGAGGAUGAAUUAAUCAGCCCUUGCCUGUUGGAAGAACUACCGAAUCAAGGUGAUCAAAUAGACGAUCUGAAAAUUCUGUUUGACUGUAUCUGCGAAGCUCUAACAGAGAUCCAGGAGAGAUAUUUUAGACUCUCUUCUUGGUUGUCGUUUCUCAAACACGACAUACGGGCACCUCCAAUGGGAGAAGACCUCGUCGCAGAAGUUGACAAAUAUGUUGACGAUUACCUCCGACAUAGUUUUCAAAGUACAUUAGAUCAUACAAUAAAAAAGGAUUUCGAAGUUCGGACAUGGAUGGACAUUCGGUCGAAGACUGAAGGUAUCGUUGUGGAGAUAUGGGAGUUUGUGUUAGAGGAACUUAUCGAUGAGGCUGUUUUCGAUUUGUGGAUUUGA